CUUCAUGUCAUAUAUACGUUAUUAUACCUAUUUAUAUUUUCUUUCGUAGAAUAAUUAUUUUACUUGUGAAUCUUCAUCUGUUUAUUGAAUUGAACAGUGUAAAUAGAACUAUUGAUAAGAUAAAGUUGUUAAGAAUAUUUGUGCCCCGAUAAAGCAUUACAAUGGCGUAACACAGCGAUCUAUUCAAGUUAUUUUUAUUGCUAGUUUGAUUUUUUGGCAAAAUGGAACAUUUUGGUUUAUCUCACAUUUUAUAUGAACCAGAUAAAUAUACUCCUGAUACUUUAAACUUGAUUAUUGAUGAAGAAGCUAGAGAAUAUUGGCUAAAUACUUGUGAAAAACUCGUCGAGAAAUAUGUGAAUUUUGCGCUUACUAAUAACGAAGAUCCUACUGUAGAAAUAAGAGCUUUAAAAUUUAAAACAUGCUAUGUGGAAGCUCUUAAAGAGCUUAGAAUAAAUCCUCUUGCUCAUGGACAGCUGACAAUACGAUUACUUCUUGACAUCAACGAAACAUGCCUUCGUUCUCAGGGAUUCUUUGAUUUGUGGAAACAACAGAAGAAAUACGAAAAUGAAGGAGCCCUUGCUGCACUCAGUUCACGUUUGGCCGAAAUUGAUGCUUUGCCUGACAAUAGACAAAGAUGGAUUGAACUUGGCAAAGGUGUCUUAGCAGGGAACAUGUUUGAUUGGGGAGCUCAGGCCGUAACUGAUAUUUUAGAUUGUGGACUCUAUGAAGCACUACAGAAAAUUCAGAAACGACCUUGGCUAUAUGAUGGCUUAGAUAAAUGGCUAGAUAAAUUGGAGAAAACUGUACACCAUUGUGCAGCAGUAUUUGUGGAUAAUAGUGGUGUUGAUAUAGUAUUAGGCAUUUUGCCUUUUGUGAGAGCUUUAUUACUUAGAGGAACAUCUGUAAUGUUAUGUGCCAAUGAGUGGCCAGCUCUAAAUGAUGUCACAUAUAUUGAGUUGGAGGAGAUAUUACAACGCGCUUCCUUAUUAUGCCCUGUUUUGGCUGCUGCAUUGUCCACGGGCGACUUAGUUGUUAGGUCUAGUGGGCAAAGAGGACCAUGCCUGGACCUUAGAACUAUUGGUGUUGGUCUCUGUACUGAAAUGAAAGUCCGUGGUGUGGAUCUUAUAAUAUUGGAAGGUAUGGGAAGAGCAUUACAUACAAACUUAAACGCCCGUCUAGCAGUGGAUUCAUUGAAAUUGGCGGUAGUGAAGAAUGCUUGGUUAGCUCAGCGUCUUGGUGGCCCGUUAUUUUCUGUUAUUUUUAUUUAUGAAGAUAAACCCACCGAAACAUAACAAAAUCACAUUUACAUUAUAUAUACAUGUAUAUUUUUUUUAAUAAACAAAAUAUGAUUAUCUCUGUAUUCAUAUAGAAUAAGUCAUCGUUUGUAAAAAUACAUAGUGGGUCUGACCUAUAGGUGACAUUAAAAUAUAUGUAUACAUAUGUAUGACGGGAUAUUACGGGCCCUUUCACAAAGUGAUUCUGUUAUCAAUUAACUAGUAUUAAUAAAUUAUAAAUAAAAACAGAUUAUUUAGUGUUUCCAUUAAAUUUUAACACUCAGGAGCAACUUAUUUUUUUUAAUUACCUAAAAGGAAAGGGAAAGCGGAAUCAACAUGAUGCGAAUUUCUUCAUCUAUAUGUGAAAGUGAUAUGCUUCUGGAUACUAACGCAUUUUUUAAGUAGUUGGAAUUGAAAACAAGCUGACGUCCCAUA